AUGGCGGAAGGGCGCGAUAGACUCGAACGACAAAUUGAUUUUGCAUCAUUGUUUCUCAACAGACAGCGCGGAAGGAUCUUCGUUGACGAUGAAACUACAUGGACUGUGCAAGCAAGAGGUGGUAUUUGGCGGCGUGGAAGGCCUCGUCCUCGUACUCGUACUCGUCCUCGUGCUUCACCUUCAAGGAGGGCCCUCGCUGAUAUCACUGAUGUGAAUAGGGUGGGUACUGAGAGAAGGAGAGCAGUGGUUGGCCCAAGGCCCCUCCUUGAUACUGCUGUUGUUAGGGCGGGUACUGAGAGAAGGAGAGCAGUUGACCGUGUACCACUGGCUCAGCUCGAGCUCAGGUAUUCUGUGGCCAGUGCUGUUGCAUCCGCUGGAGUCAACCACCCCUCUUCCAUCGCUUGGGUUCAGCAGAAGUUGCUCUCACUCAAAGAGGAAUUAUCUGAUGGAGAGGAGGCCCUCACUCCAGAGCUCCUCAACUAUAUAGAUCAAGUGGGGAUUUAUCUGACGGAAGAGCUUGAGAAGCUGAAAAGCACACCAAGUGCGCAGAGAGCUGAGAGGGAGAGGAGGAUUCGAACAUUGAUGUCCAUGAGGUGA